AUGUGGCUUCCGUUGAUGCUGCUCGCCUUGAUGGCGAGCGGUUCCGCGUGCCCGGACCUGUGCCAGUGUCAUCAGAGUGCCGCCGCCGACGAGCAACUGCCGGUUGGUCUGGUGCGUGUCAAGUGCCGUGCUCGUGCGCCACCGUUGACGGAAUUGCCGAUCGAGACGAGCAGCCUCGCGAUCGAGGGUGCCAAUCAAUACCAGGUGAUCGGUUUCUUCGACGAACUGGAGGCGAGCGAUUCGCUCGACGAUCUCCAAGUGAUCCGAGAUGACGGUACAUUGAACUUGGAGUUGGACGUUGCGAACGGUACGUCGUCGGACGAUUCUUUACGCAACUCGACGACAACGACAACGACAACGACAACGACAACGACUCUUCCCUACCUCGAGGACCUGUCCGUGACGAACUGUUCGCUGGUGUUCUUGAACGUGUCGUGGCGCGGUUUCGAGCGUGUCAACGCGUUGAACCUAUCAUGCAACAAUCUGGCACGGUUGACCGACGUGUUGGCCGCCGGUAUGACGAAUAUGAGCGAGCUGACGCGUUUCGACCUGUCUGACAACUCGCUGACAGCGGUGAGUGCCGGGGCUUUUAGGACGCUUGCGGGACUGGUGAGGUUGAGUUUGCGUAGAAACGCGAUAUGCAGCGUGCACGAGGACGCGUUCCGAGGUCUGGAUCGGCUGGAGUUUCUCGACUUGUCGGACAACAGGCUGGCGGAUUUGCCGGACAGCGCGUUGACGCCGCUCUACUCGUUGCAAAAGUUGGACCUAAGUGGGAAUCAGCUGCAAGUGCUCGGCGCCAGGUGGUUCGAGAGCCUCGACCGACUGAGGGAGCUCGACGUUUCGAGGAACGGGUUAGCGCGGGCGGCGUCCGGAACUUUGCAACCGCUCGCGGGACUAUCGAUACUGAAACUGUCGGAGAACCCACUGAAAGAGAGGGACGUCUCGCUGUUGUUGGGCACCGGCAGACGCUUGGAGACGGUGGACGCGUCACGCACCGGUCUGGCCAGGGUCCCAGCCGCGCUCACCAGAUCCGUCCGAGCGCUCCGACUGGCCGGCAAUAAAUUGACCACCAUCCGCGGCGGCGACCUCGACAGUUAUCCGCUCCUGCGGAUACUCGACAUCUCGGACAACCGGCUGAACGACAUCGAGGACGAUGCUCUCGGACGCCUGGAGGUCCUCGAGGAGCUGGACAUAUCCGGCAACGUUCUCCGCAAGAUCCCCGGCAGCCUGCCCAACAGUCUGACGAGCCUGAAGCUCCGGCGGAACGCCAUCACCGCGUUCAGGGCCGACGAUCUCCAGGGGCUGUACAAUCUCAGGUGCUUGACGUUGAACGACAACGACAUCAACGAGAUCGAGGUGGGAGCACUCGGUCAAUUACCGGCACUCGAGGAGCUCGAUCUGUCGGAUAAUCCUGUUAGAACGUUGCCGGCCAACACGCUGAGCGGGCCGAGCAACCUCGCCAGGCUCCGUAUGUCGGGAUUAACUUGGCUCGAGCGAAAGCAGGAGGAGCAGGGUGACAUGGCGUUCCCGGUGCCCACCCCGGAAAGACUGGUGUCCCUCGACGUGUCGAGGAGCCCGGUGCUAGCCAGGCAGCUAUUAGCCGACGACGCCGCGCUCUCCGCCUGCAAGAGCCUGAUCCAGUUGAACCUGUCGCGCACCGACAUCACCGCGCUCAGGUUCGAUCUGCCUUACAUGCUGCCGCAGCUGCGUGUCCUCGACCUGAGCGGCAACCGUUGGCACUGCACGGAGGAUCUCUACUGGCUGGGCGAAUGGCUGCGGCAGCACCGGCAACUGAAUAAAACCGCUCGAUCGCCGCCGGUGGGUCAGUGCGAUACUCCGCGGCAAAUGUCAGGAUCACCUCUCGACGAAUUACCAUCGCCGCCGAGUCCUCUUCCUACCACCGUGACACCCGUGACCUGGGUGACCUGGGUGGCUUCCACCUUAUCGAUUCUCUCUCCGAUCGAACGUGUAUCUCGUCUACUCGAUAAUAAUAACGUAACCGCGUCAUCCAACGUUGCGUUACAUCCACGCAUCGGCCACGCAUCGGCCACCGUCGCUUCCCUCAGCGACGAAUCCGUACCAAGCGGUUUCGUCAACGAAACGACCGUCAAGCAGUCGACGACAGUCUCGAAUCGCGUUAACGACGAAACGAGCCAGACGGUGUCGUCCCGGGACGUCACGUCGCCCAACGCCAGCACGAUAGAGGAGAACGGCGGGUGGAGAAGCUCGGCGAGCGAGAGAACGAUCGGAAUCGAGGAGAUCUCGUCGGAGAUUAAAAAUUCAAUUACAGACGUCGCCGGGCUGUCGCCACGCCACGGCAGGGGCAACGGGGACAAACCGUCAAUUACCAAGAUGGAGGAGAAGGAGCAGCAGGGGACUUUUGAUAAUCGCGUAGACGAUAAACAGAGGCAGAGGCAGGGCAGGAGACCGAGCAAGAUGAUCUCGGUCUCGUCCAAGUUGUCGAAACAGCGUCCCGCGUCGUUUCGACAGCAGCAGCAGCAGCCGGGAGAAAAGAAAAGAACGACCGAGAAGACCGUUCAGAGGGAAUUGAACGGACGGGCGACCGAUUCCGACGCGAGGGUCUCCGAGGCUUUGUCCGCCGGUGCUCAUCCGGGAAUGUUGGUGCUGGCCGGUGCGGCUCUCGGUGCCGCAGCUGCGCUCACCGUCGUGUUGUCGCGGCGAGCCACCGUACGCCGAAGGGACAGGUACCAUCGUCACGAGAACAUCGAGGUGCACACGCUCACGCCGACCACGGAACUUUGGUGA